GCCAAAGAGGCAGUGACAGAAGCUGAACGAUGUGACCCUACAAAUAUUUUCACUCAAUUUCAUAUAUUCAAGAUUGCAAUCUUAGAGGACAACUCUGACAAAGCUUUGCAGGCAAUCACUACUUUAGAGAAUUUAUUAACAGAUGAAAAGCCAGAAGAUAAUAAUCUACUUACAGAUAGAGGUUCACCUACCCUGCUCCUAAGUUUAGCUGCCCAGUUUGCUCUGGAGAAUGGACAACAUAUUGUGGCAGGAAAAGCUUUGGAAUAUUUAGCUCAACAUUCAGACGAUCCACAACAAGUUCUUACAGCUUUAAAGUGUUUGUUUCGUCUUGUUCUUCCAAAAGUUUCUCAAAUGCCGGAAUCUGAAAAUAAAAAGAAAGAAAUGGACAGACUUGUGACUUGUUUGAAUAUAGCACUCCUGAAACUUGCUCAGCCUUUUGAUGGAGAAACCUCGACUUUGGAUGCAAGGAGUAAUGAAGCUCAUUGGUUUAGAAAAAUGGCUUGGAACUUGGCUGUGCAAUCUAACAAAGACCCAGUGACAAUGAGAGAGUUUUUCAUACUUUCUUAUAAGCUGUCCCAGUUUUGUACUUCCAAUCAAGUAAUUCUGAUUAUGCAGAAAACAUGUUUACUUAUGGCAGCUGCAGUUGAUCUAGAGCAAGGGAGAAAAGCUUCAACAACCUUUGAACAGACCAAUUUGCUGAAUCGUGCACUUGAGCAGAUCCAUAAAUGCAAGAACAUCUGGAAUCUCCUAAAACAAACAGGGGACUUCUCAAAUGAUCCAUGUGAGACAUUACUUCUGCUGUACGAGUUUGAAGUUAAAGCCAAAAUGAAUGAUCCAUCGCUGGACAGCUUCCUGGAAUCAGUGUGGGAGCUGCCUCAUUUAGAGAGCAAAACAUUAGAAACAAUCGCAUCAUUAGCAGUGGAAAUACCUGCACACUAUCCUUCUAUCGCUCGCAAAGCCUUGAAAAGGGCUUUAUUGCUCCACAAAAAGAAAGAAUCAAUUGAUGUUUUGAAGUACAGCAAAUGUAUGCACAAGUUGAUUAACCUUUCAGUGCCAGAUGGGGCUUCGAGUGCAGAUCUCUGUCCCCUGGAAGAAGUUUGGGGCUAUUUUGAAGAUGCUCUGAGCCUUAUUAGGCACACUGAAGGCUACCCAGAAAUGGAGAUUCUCUGGCUGAUGACCAAGUCCUGGAAUACUGGAAUAUUUAUGUAUAGCAGGAGCAAGUAUGUAUCUGCUGAAAAAUGGUGUGGCCUGGCAUUGCAUUUCCUUGACCACCUUGGCUCCCUCAAGAGAAGCUAUGAAAUCCAGAUGAAUGUUCUGUAUAGUGAGCUCAUGGAAGCAUUAGAUAAAAAUAAGGGCUCACUUUCAGUGAAGAGUGACAACUACUAGAGCAAGGCAUACGAGCAGGCAGACUCGCAGCAAGUUGAAGAUGUAUUGUCAAACUUUCUCUAGCUUUGGUUUCUGUUUUCUCAGGCCCUAUUUUCACGUUGUUGAAUGAAAUAUUCUAAAAUAA